CAAGUUCUAUGAAGUCGGUGACUUGGUCUCUUGUCUCGAGUCUUAUAUAGUCCGUGUGGCUCGUAUCGGCUAGGUUAGUCCAAUCGGCCUGAUGUGAAACAUAUGUGGGCCUGGGCUCCACAAGCGCAGGCCAUCAUCUUCACAUAUAUAUCUCGCUGUUGCCCGGAUAGCUAGAUUCCUUCUAAGCAAGCAAUCCAACCCAUCACUUUCCCAUCCACAGUCCGGCUGUUGCGCCACUCAUAGUUCAAACUCUAUCGUACUCUCACACUGUGAAAGUUAUACCAAGUCUACCCAUGAUGUAUAUAUCGCUUCGUGCGCUUCAUGGCCUCGCUCUGCCUCUUCUGGUAGCUUCAAAGCUUCUGAUCGACUUCAAUGCAGCCCGAGGCGAUGAUCCUUCAAAGAUGGGGCACAUCAAUCUCGAGGGGGCUCGAGGAGAAAGUCGGUCUUCAAACAGCCCAGAUCUCUACAUCAAAAGCGACCAAGACUGGCGAGGUGAGAAAGCUGCCCACUUCCACCGCGAAGUUGGGAACAUUCGGGCCGAGUAUCACGCUCUGGAUAAGAAGACGACGGCAGGCGAGACAUACUUCCUCGGCUACCAGUUUGCUAUGGGUGCUACGCCACACGCGCUCAUGGUUUGGCAGUGGAAGGAGUACGUUGCCAACAACGACGAGGAUGGCGGCGCCAACAUUCCGCUUGCGUUGGAGAUCCGCAACGGCAACUUGUGCUUCCGGUGGUCAGCUAGCUCUACCGAUGGUCGUACUACGCAGUGGUCUACCCCGGCAAAGGUUAACACCGUUUACACUAUUGGUAUCGAGAUCCUGGCCAAGAGCACCGACGGCCAUGCUCGAGUUUGGUUGAAUGGGGAGCCCGUCACCUUCACGACGACGAAGUCGACGACACUGAAGGGAAACAUGUUCCCUGGGCGGAGUGAUCCUAAGGUCGGUGCGUAUCGCGGUGAAGAUGUCGAGGUGAACACAUUUGUAUACCAGUUGCAGAUUGGAACUUCAAAGGCAGACUUGAACGGCCAGUUCUUUGGCUAGGCUGUGUGCACUUCACUUCAAAACUUCGAGCUAUCCCAUUUCUAUUCAACACAAUUUAGUCGAGUUCUAGAGUAUCGAAGUGGGAACCGCGUC